AUGGCACAAUCAUACGAAGAGAUGAGUGUAAUGCUAUCUGUGACCACUGAACUGGGGAAUGAGAAAAAUCUACAGUUCAACCCCGCGAAGAGUGCGAUGAUAAUAUUUAAUCACACCGGACUUGGAGAGCCUAGAGAAAUGAAAAUACAAGGGAAGCACAUAGAAUUCGAAGACGAAUAUAAAUACCUUGGGAUUACUAUCUGUAAUGAACCUAACUAUCUCCUUCGCCAAGAACAAAUCUGGAAGAGGGAGGCACACAAGGCACUUCAGAGCUUACACGCUCAAAGCAUAUGGACAUUCAACAGAUUCGAGAUCACACGGAUCCAAUGGAUGGCGACAGGUGUACCGAAGCUAACAUACGCGAACGCAGUGUUGGCAUCGCGGGCAUCGAGACAAAUUACGGCCAUCUUUGAUAGAACUCAGGUGGCCGCAGGGAAAUGGGCUAUGGGGAUCACGGCACAUAAGGUCGCGACAGAGUUUGUGCUCGGCGAGCUUGGGUGGUCCACAUUCGAGAGCAGAGAGGCGCAGAGCAAAAUCCGAUACUUCGCAAGAAUAAGUGCGAUGGAUUCAGACCGAUGGCCACGGAAGUGCCUAUCGAUGAUGGCCUCUACAAAUAUAUACACAGAAGCCAUAGCCCGACUGAACUUUCUUAAAAAACGAUUCUCAUGCACGGAUAUUCCCCUAGAAUAUACGGGAGAUCAGAGUGCGAGAUUCCAACUCUUCAAUGAACAAGUGAAGAGGAGGAUAAAAGUAAAACUAAGUGAGCAAUGGACGGAGUCAAUGAGCUCGAAAUCAAGUCUCACCCUAUAUAGACAAUGGAAAGUAAGGGGCGUAACGGUACGCGGGCUAUAUACGAAUAGUCGAGGGAGUACAUUGUUAGCACUGGCCAGAGCGGGAAUGCUACCGACCAGAGCACAUCGAACGAAAUACGAACCACUCGACCCACUGUGUACGAAAUGCGGGAGAGAGGUAGAAACAAUCCCUCACAUCAUCAUGAAAUGUGAACCAUAUCACUCUGAGACGAAUGAGCUCCCCAGAAUGCUGGGCUUGGAGGGGGAGGGUGACGAUGGGACAUGUGAGGAGACGAAGAGAACGCUCGAGGAAUGGGAAGACGAGGCCCGAAGGAUCCGCUAG